AUGCUCAGAUCUAUUACACGUUCUCUAACAGUAAGACAACGGUACUUACCGAGGUUGUGUUAUCGUUCUUAUGCUUCCGCAAAAGUUGCUUUUGAUGUUAAGUUGGAAACUCCAACUGACAUAGAGACGGCUACCAGGGAACAAGCGCAGGCUCGCUCUAAUUCUGAAGAUGUUAUCGCCUCUGGCACUACAGCAUUAAAUCAUGCUUACCGUGAAAACUCUGGUUUCGGAACCAGGCCCAUAUAUUUGGACAUGCAGGCUACCACUCCCACUGAUCCUCGUGUUCUAGACACCAUGUUGAAGUUCUACACAGGACUUUACGGUAAUCCACACUCUAAUACCCAUAGUUAUGGUUGGGAAACGAAUAAGGAGGUAGAAAAUGCUCGCAAGCACAUCGCAAGCGUAAUAAACGCAGAUGUGAAGGAGAUCAUUUUCACUUCCGGCGCCACGGAGUCCAAUAACAUGGUUUUGAAGGGUGUCCCAAGAUUUUACAAGAAAACCAAGAAGCACAUCAUUACCACAAGAACCGAGCAUAAGUGUGUUCUUGAGGCAGCAAGGGCCAUGAAAAAUGAGGGCUUUGAAGUGACCUUCCUGAACGUUGAUGAGCAGGGUUUGGUCGAUCUGAAGGAUUUAGAAGCUGCCAUAAGACCAGAUACCUGCCUAGUUUCAGUAAUGGCUGUUAACAAUGAAAUUGGUGUCAUGCAACCAAUCAAGGAAAUCGGUGCAAUUUGCAGAAAGCACAAAGUUUACUUCCACACCGAUGCCGCUCAAGCAUAUGGAAAAAUUCCUAUUGACGUCAAUGAGAUGAACAUUGAUUUAUUAUCUAUAUCCUCCCACAAGAUUUAUGGACCAAAAGGUAUCGGUGCUGUAUACGUCAGAAGAAGACCCCGUGUGAGAUUGGACCCUAUAAUAUCUGGUGGUGGACAGGAAAGAGGUUUAAGAUCCGGAACCCUAGCUCCCUCGCUUGUCGCAGGUUUUGGUGAAGCCGCCAGAUUAGUGAAAGAGGAGUAUGAAACUGAUAUCGAGCAUAUACAGAGACUAUCAGAGAGGCUAACCAAGGGAUUACUGUCCAUUGAGCAUACAUCAUUGAAUGGCUCAUCUGACCAUCGCUACCCUGGAUGCAUCAACGUAUCUUUUGCAUAUGUCGAGGGUGAAUCUCUGUUGAUGGCUUUGAGAGACAUCGCAUUAAGUUCAGGAUCCGCUUGUACAUCUGCUUCUUUGGAACCUUCCUACGUAUUGCACGCGUUAGGAAAGGACGAUGCUCUAGCCCACUCCUCUAUUAGAUUUGGUAUCGGGAGAUUCACCACAGAGGAAGAGGUUGACUACGUUAUCAAGGCAAUUAAGGAGAGGGUAGAAUUUCUCCGUGAGCUGUCGCCAUUAUGGGAGAUGGUCAAGGAGGGAAUUGAUUUGAAUUCUAUUGAAUGGUCUGGCCACUGA